CGUCGGGACUCAGUGUCAGUGUAUCAGUGUGAGUUAUAAUGACAGCAGUGUGAGUUUAUUAUCAGUGUUACACACAUCAUGUGACUGUUUUCAGCCUUGUAAUUUUCGAUAUUCAGUAAAAUCGACGGUUUAAAUAGUAAUUUCUUUGUAUGUCAGUGUCGAUUUUAAGAUCUUUCAUGUCAGAGUUGGUGUAAAAAAAAAAAGAAGACAAUUCUGAAUCAUAAGUGCUCUGAUUUUGAUUUAUUAAUGUUUAUUUAUUCUUGGCAAUUCAUUCCUCCUGGACAAGGCGUGUGUGUUGGAGUUGGAGCCCGAGCCGGCCGUCUGCUGGCAGGGGGACAGACUGAAGCAGCAGCAGCAGCAUGUCUGGACAGAAUAAGUCGUGCUGGUCUGGGGAUGAAUCUUCUGGUGUCCUCACGUGUCUCCUCUUGGCCUGGGAGGACUGGGUGGCUUGGGGCAAUCUUCAGGACUACCUCAGCUUCCUGGAGUAUCUGCUGUGGGUGUUUACGCCCCUGGCCAUCGUCUUCAUUCUGCCCUUCGUCAUUGUCGUCCUGCUCUACCUGUCCAUCCUCUUCCUGCACGUGUACAAACGCAAGAACCAGCUGAGAGAGGCCUACUCUAAUAACCUGUGGGACGGCGCCAGGAAGACGCUGGCCACGCUGUGGGACGGCCAUGGAGCCAUAUGGCACGGUUAUGAAAUCCAUGGUUUAGAGAAGAUUCCAGAAGAAGGCCCCGCCCUCAUCGUCUACUAUCACGGAGCGAUUCCUAUCGACUACUACUACUUCCUGGCGAGAGUGAUCAUUCAGAAAGGCCGCACAUGUCACUCGGUGGCUGAUCACUUCCUGUUCAAGAUCCCAGGGUUCAAGCUGCUGCUGGAGGUGUUCAGUGUGAUCCAUGGGCCGCAGGAGGAGUGUGUGAAGGCUCUGCGCAGCGGCCAUCUGCUGGGAAUCUCUCCGGGAGGCGUACGGGAGGCUCUGUUCAGUGACGAGACGUACCCGCUGCUGUGGGGCAAACGCAAGGGCUUUGCACAAGUGGCCAUCGAUUCCAAAGUGCCAAUCAUUCCCAUGUUUACUCAGAACGUCCGCGAGGGAUUCCGCUCUCUGGGAAAUUUGAGAUUUUUUAGGUGGGUGUAUGAGAGGUUUCGUCUGCCAAUCGCGCCUAUCUACGGAGGAUUUCCGGUCAAAUUCCGCACUUACCUAGGCGACCCUAUUCCCUAUGAUCCCAAACUCACAGCGGCUGAGUUAGCAGAAAAGGUGCAGGCAGCAGUUCAAGCGCUUAUCCACCGACACCAAAAGGUACCCGGCAGCAUCCUGCGAGCGCUCCUGGAGCGAUUCCACAUGCGCCCCAAAGACGAAUAGCGCUUACUUCUUUCAGGUGCUCCUCGAACGCUUGCACAGCACGCCUGAAGAAGAACAGCACAGCUUUCUCUCAGGCUAAAAAACAAAACACUAUGACUUUUAUUCCCAGCAUAACUUAUCAGACAACUGGAAGUGUUGGAAGUGUUACCAAAUUAAUAUAUCAUCUGUGUGUGUGAUAUUUUGAUGUUACUGAUAUUUGUGGCAUGGAAACGUGAAUGUCGGCGAAUGUCACAAAAAAACAAAGGAAUAUCUCUUAUUAGUGUGUAUUGUGUCUCCUGUGCACGUGAAGUGGAAGACCGUGCAUCGUGUGUUUCUUAUGUGUGUGUGUGUGUGUGUGUGUGUGUGUGUGUGUGUGUUUUUUUUUUUUUUUUUUAAUCCGUGACUUAUUUGCACACUUCGAUCGUUUUUGAAGGACCACUGCCAAAACAAACGAGGCCUUUUGGUUACUUGAUGUCAGAAAUAAUGAAAUGGCUUUAAGAGCUGGUGCGAUUUUAAAAUUAAUGUAUUUCUUACAUAAAAAGGUGAUGAUUGACGUAAUAAUGGAAACUACUUUUUUAAUGAAACGUACUGUGAUUCUCUGUGAUUCGUGACUGAAUGGGAUAUGUAUCUUUCCGAUUAUUCUAGACUUUGCUUGUGGUUUUAAGAUGGCACAGGUCUGCUACACUCUUGGGGAUUAACAAUAAUAAUAAUAAUCAUCAUAAUAAUAAUAAUGUACAGCUUGAGCUAUUGUAUUAAUGAGGGAAAUCACAACAUUCCUGGAAUAUGAACACUUGACCAGCACAACGACUAAUAAGCAUCAUGAUUGUUGGUUUUAUAGCUGCGAUUUUAUUGCAUCAAACUUCUAAAAGGUGUUUAAAAUGUGUUUGUGAUGAUUUUCUUAACAGGAAAAAUACAUACAUACUUACACCAAGUUGCCACUUUUAACAGACCUAUCUACCUUCUAGAUAUUAUCACUGACCCUUUUACAUGAGGUAACUCAACAGUCAUGUCGUGCUGUUACAGGAAAAUAAUCAACCAUGGGGUGGUGUGAUGAAGGGAGUUACUGUUACUGCCCAGAAGUUUAUUAUUUUCCAAUAACAGCAUGACAUGGAGUGUUUUAUUCCUUUUACACCACAGCGAUUUGCCAAUGAUUACAAUUUUUCAUUAAUUAAAGAAGGACAUGUUAUACUUUUUAUCCGUUUAUAGUUACAUUUAAUGUUAUGGAACGUCGGCAAAAGAAGUUCCUUUUAGCACUUAUGUUAUAGCAGUCGUAAACAGUCGUUCCCUCACCGGCCUCUCUUUUGUCUCUAUUUUGAUGUUAAUAAGAUUUUUUUUAAAAAUCACAGCAUUUUAGAAAACGUAAAGUUACAGCUUUACCUCUGACUGUUACAAAGUGCUGACACUGGAGAAUCCUUCAAUAAAUUUUAAAUAAACACCUCCUCACGUAUCAACAUACACACGUGUCAGUAUGGAAUCUGUGAUACAGAACGAGCGCAUUAAUAUGAACCUGUGAUUUGCAGCUGCACUACUGUCAGAGCUGCUGUUCUAGAAAAUUAAUCAACACCUUCUGACCAAUCAGUAAUUAUACAUCUACAUGGUAGUUGGAUCUGAUAAACUGGCAACUCAGUAUACAUAUAUCGAUGAUAUGUACAUCAUCUGAAUGCUUUUUGUUAUACUUGAACCUUCCGUCUGUCCGUGAUGUUGUUAUUAAUGAACGAACGUGUUAUGCGUUACGCAGAUGAGGGAGUGUGAGCACGAACGCGUUGAUGCGAAGCUCAUCCUUAUGACCAUCGUGAAGUGUGUGACCCUGUACAGAUCCGUCCGCUGUUGCAUUAAUUGUAGAUCAAAAACGCUGAAAAUAAAACUUAUUUUUUGAUAA